UCUCUCCUCCCGCAGCGCAGUGUGCGCUAGGGAUCUAUCAGGCUUGGCAGCGGGUGGCUUCAUCCACCGAGCCACCUCACCGGCCUCCCUUUCAUUUUCUUUUUACGUUUGAGAGGGCGGUUCUGAGAACUCCUGGGUGAGAAGCUGACGUCUGAACAAACCUCUGACGGGAAGGAAGGCAAGAUCCACGCUCUGCAGUGGAGGAAGAGAUGUCUUGGCGGCUGUCCCAAAAGAGCCGAAGGCCUGCGGCAGGAACAUGGCGCACUUUCCAGGAAUACCAGAGAAGCAAGAAGAGGCGGGCACUGCCAGUCAGCUUUGGUGUUGCCAUAACAACCUCCCUGGGCCCAGACUCACAACUCUCGCAGCUGAGAGUGAAGCCCGAGGCUGCAGUUACAGCACCCCCUAACACCACAGACGCAGCCAGCAUGCCGGUCACCAAGUGUCCAAGAAAAUCAGAGCCGCUGUGGAAAGGAUGGGACCGGAAAGCCCAGAAGAAUGGACUGAGACACCAAGUGUUUGCUGUGAACGGAGAUCACUACGUGGGAGAAUGGAAGGGCAACUUGAAACACGGGAAAGGAACACAGGUCUGGAAGCGGAGUGGAGCUGUCUAUGAAGGGGACUGGAAGUUUGGGAAGCGAGACGGUUAUGGCGUCCUCAGUCAUCCUGACCCAGAGACUGGAAAGCUCAGGAGAGUGUAUUCAGGCUGGUGGAAAGGCGAUAAGAAAUCGGGCUAUGGGAUCCAGUUUUUCGGACCCAAGGAGUAUUACGAGGGUGAGUGGUGUAGCAACCAACGCAGCGGGUGGGGACGCAUGUACUACAACAACGGAGACAUCUACGAGGGCCACUGGAAGAACGACAAGCCUGACGGGGAGGGCAUGUUGCGCCAGAAGAACGGGAACCGGUAUGAGGGCGGCUGGGAGAGAGGCAUGAAGAACGGGCAUGGGCGUUUCUUCCACCUGGACCAUGGUCAGCUGUUUGAAGGCUUCUGGGUGGACAACGUGGCCAAGUGUGGUACCAUGAUCGACUUUGGCCGUGAUGAGGCCCCUGAACCCACCCAGUUCCCCAUUCCUAAGGUGGAGAUUCUAGACCCAGAUGGUGUGCUGAAGGAAGCGAUGGAUAAGCUGAUGAAGCCUGAGGAAGAAGACGACUGAGGUGAGAGAUCGAAUCAAGGCUCAGGAGAAAAUCCAGCCCUUGUCACCAAACUGCUCAGACCGGUGC